AUGGCAGCUCUCACGGUCCUGACUGUCUUGGCCCUGAUAGUUGCUAUAUUGGCUCACCCUCAUGGAAAUCAGCACUCUCCCCGGUCUGCGCCUGACGCUUCCUUCUCCGACUCGCCAUGCGCCGGAGCUGCCACACGGAUUCGCCUUGAGGACGGUCCCUACGACAAUCACUUCUAUUCCGACUGCCAUACCGCUGCCCAUGUCAUUGUGACUAGCCCUCAGUCAGGAAGUGACCUCAAUGUAGUCAAGCCCCGUCUGCUGGUAGCGUGGCCCGCCGGAAACAGUGGCGUCAUGGCCCGCUUCGCUCCCGAAAAUGGCCCAGAAGGGUCCCUCAGUAUCUUGCUGGACCAGUCUGGUAGCGGUGAGGCCAUACAAGGCAUAAGUGAUAGCAGUCGCGUCGGGGUUUCUGGAACCCUCACCUUUAACACCGCCGCUCGACUUACUGUGCCGAUUCUGGGCAGUAUCCGGAGCAUUCGCGAUUUCGUCGAGGGAGGCAACAUCAACCAGGCCUUUCAGAAUAGCUUCGGCUUCGGUCUGGGCAGCGACGGAAGCGCAUCCAUUAAUCGCACUUGGUUUGAUGCUGUCACAACUACAACGCUGGCCUUUACUCCGCUGAAUCGAGCCAAGGCCAUUGUGCUCAACCGGGAGGCAGCAUGGACACUGACCUUUGGUGCUGGAUCCUAUCGCUUUGAGGCCUCAUUCAACUACCCACAGUUGGAGCAACUGAGUCCUUCAAAGGUUCUCAAUCAGACAUCCACAGGCUUGGUUUCCCAGGAUCCAGACAAAACAACUUCACUGGCGUUUCUCUCCUACUCGAACAAGUUGUUGGCCGGGACAUGGCGCUUCUUGACAUAUUUUGGGCGCGACAGCAUGAUCUCGUUACUUCUUAUGCAGUCCGUACUCAGCCAACAAGCGAUUGAAGCCGUCAUUGGAGCAGUCCUCGAGCGAGUCCAGCGCUCAACUGGUACUGUGUGCCAUGAGGAGGUUAUUGGCGACUACGCAACGUGGAUCAACAGGCAGAACGGCGUCAACUCGAUAGCACCCUCGUGCGACUACAAGAUGAUUGAUACAGACUUCUUCUUGCCCAUCUCCAUGAAGAGCUAUUUUGUUGAUACAGACGCGGGCAAGAAACGCUCAGAUGCCUUUUUCAAGCAGACCGCGACCUUCCUGGAUGAGAACAAGGGUUUGACUUACUCCGAGUUGGCGCAGCUGACGGCUGAGAAGAUAAUGCGGAUUGCCUCGCCGUUCGCAGAGAGCCAGGUCAAAUCAAACCUUAUCCACCUCAAAGACGGCGAAUCUGUUGGCGAAUGGCGCGACUCAAACGAUGGCCUUGGCGGGGGCCGCAUUCCGUACGAUGUCAAUACAGCUCUUGUGCCUGCCGGUCUGCGGGCCAUUGCCAGUCUUAGUAAAGCCGGCUUCUUCCCGGACCAUCCAGAGUGGAGUAAAGACGCAGAUCGAUACGCUCAGAUCUGGGAAGACGAGACACUGCAAUUCUUCCAGAUUACCGUACCACAAGACCAGGCCAAAUCGCUAGUCCAGCAAUAUGUUACAAGUGCCAGUUUGGGCGUGCCAACCAAUGUCGACCACAUGACGGGCGACAUCACUUACUAUGGACUUGCGCUAGACGGCAAACUCAACACCCCAGUUGUUCCUGUCAUGAACACAGACGACUGUUUCCGCCACUUUUUGCUCGACACCACUAAUCAGACGCAACUGAGCGCUUACAUGAGCCAGACGGCUGAUCACAUUCUCCAGCCCUUCCCCGUGGGCUUGUCCAGCGACGUUGGCCUGUUUGUUGCUAAUCCAGCCUACUCUGGCAACAAGGAUUUUGCCGGUACCUUUUCAAGAACUGCGUACCAUGGAACGGUGGUCUGGAGCUGGCAACUUGCCAUGAUGGGUGCAGGACUUGCACGCCAGCUUAGUCGCUGCAGUUCGAAUGAUGUGCCUGAUUUCUGCAAAGACAAGACUCUCCACAACAAAGUCCUCUCAGCCUACAACAAGCUCUGGGAAACCAUUGACGCGAAUAGCGACCAACUAAGCAACGAGCUGUGGAGCUGGAAGUACGACAAUGGAUUCAAGGUUGAACAACUGGGAGCCCUGACAUCAACUGAGAGCAACAUCCGUCAGUUGUGGAGCUUGACGUUUCUAGCCAUCAAGAAGGAGGAUUUCAGCAAGAAGUGA